AUGGCCAACCCACCCGCGCCGCCCUCCGCAGACACAGACGACGAAGAAAUCCUCCUCAGAGAGAUGCGGCAGGAGAUUCUGGAGGGUCUCGCCCAGACCGACCGCGCGACAGGUGUUGAAGAUACGUCGGUUGACGAUCCAUCCGCCGGCGAUGCAUCAUCCUCUGACGAUCAGAGCUAUAAGGAGGGCGAUGAUGGAUUUGUCGACCUUCCGCAACCGCCGCCAUCCAAUGAUUACAUUGCCGGAGAUCUAGACGAGUACAUCCCCGAAACCGGCAUCUGCGACAAGCAAUGA